AUGUGGAAUUCAGAGGAGUCUAACGUUGCAGAAUCUGUCCUGGGUAUCCGCUGGUUACCACAAUCAGAUGAACUGACCUUCUCCGCUUACAUGCCUGGUACAGAGAAGGGUUUGUUAGACGGUUCAGUUAGUCCUACGAAGCGCCAGAUCUUGAAGACGGUUAUGAGCCUGUACGACCCACUUGGAUUUCUCGCCACGUACGUGAUUCAAGGGAAAAUCAUCAUUCAAGACUUGUGGCGAGCCAACUGUGACUGGGAUGACUUGAUAGAUGACGGGAUUUUCGGAGAUUGGAAGCGUUGGAUAAACUUGUUGCCAAAGCUGAACGAUGUCCGUAUUCCAAGGUCGUAUUUUGGAGACGCUGUUCCAGAAGACUGCCAGCCACUGCAACUUCACACGUUCGUCGACGGAAGCAGCACUGCAUACGCCUGCGUAGUGUAUAUUUGCUUUAUCUAUGCUGGUCAGCCGCAUUGUGCGCUGAUAGGAGCGAAAGCCAAGGUCGCUCCAAUCAAAACACUAUCAAUCCCAAGGCUCGAAUUGCAAGCUGCCAUCCUGGGAACCCGGCUAGCACAGUCGAUUUUGGAGAAUCAUCAGCUUCCUAUUCAUCAACAGUUCUACUGGACCGAUUCAUCGACGGUCCUUCAUUGGAUCAACUCCGAUUUCCGCAGGUAUCGACCGUACGUUGCUUGCAGAAUUGGAGAGAUUUUGACAUCGACCAACCCAAGCGAAUGGAAGAAAGUACCAACGAUGCAGAAUGUAGCGGAUAAGGCAACGAAGUGGGGCAACGGGCCGUGCUUUGAUCCUGAAGAUCCAUGGUAUCGAGGACCACAGUUCCUAUGGGGUCCAGAGGAGUUUUGGCCAGAACAAAAUUGGAAAGGAACAGAUGCAGCAGAAGAACUUCGCCCGGUACUCGUUAACCGACGGGUGAAAAUAGAGCCUGUGAUCGAUGUGAAACGUUUUUCGAGAUGGAAAAAACUGCAGCGAACCGUUGCGUACGUUCUCAAAUUCGGAGGAGUGAUGAGCGAAGAUACGUCGUUGGAAACACCGAUAAAUUCAGAACUUCUGUGCAAAGCGGAAGUGAACCUGUGGAAGAUGGUUCAGCUGGAGACGUUUCCUGAGGAGUUAGCUGUGUUGCAAAGUCGACAUUCUACGAAGCCUUCAAGGGCGGUGCCGGUAUCGAGCCCGUUGUAUAAAUUGUCAGCUUUCAUCGAUGAAGAGGGAUUGGUGCGAAUGGAUGGUCGUAUCGGCGCCGACCCCAACCUGCCGAUCGAAGCUAAGUAUCCCGUUAUACUAGCUCCGAACCAUCCAGUAACCUUUCUCUUCGUAGAUUUCUACCACCGUCGAUGUCACCACCGUAGCCUGGAGACGGUAGUCAAUGAGCUUCGUCAACUGGUCUACAUUCCAGGUCUACGAAACCUGGUCCGCAAAGUCACCGCUAGAUGUCAGAUGUGCAAGGUUUACAACGCAUCGCUGGGUUUGCCACUACCGCGGGCCAGGCUGGAAGCAUUUCUUCGUCCGUUCACUUACACCGGGCUGGACUACUUCGGGCCAGUGACAGUCAAAGUUGGUCGCAAACACGCUAAGAGAUGGGUUACCUUGUUCACGUGCCUGACAACUCGAGCGAUACAUUUGGAGGUGGCACAUUGCUUGUCUUCGAUGUCCUGCAAGAUGUGCAUCAGUAGAUUCAUUGCUAGAAGAGGUGCCCUAUCCGAGAUAUGCUCUGAUAACGGCACCAACUUCCGCGGUGCCACGAAUGAGCUACAAGACCAAACCCAGCAGUGCGCCGAAACCUUCGCCAAUACCACGACCAAAUGGUAUUUUAAUCCUCCAGCCGCACCCCACAUGGGUGGGGUGUGGGAACGACUUGUGCGAUCGGUCAAGGUCGCUAUAGAAACAAUGACCUCCGCACCAAGAGUACCCGACGAUGAAACCUUCGAGACAAUCAUCCUAGAGGCCGAGAGUAUGAUCAACUCAAGACCUUUGACAUACAUCUCGCUGGACAACGCCGGCCAAGAAGCGCUGACACCCAAUCAUUUUCUUUUGGGUAGCUCAAAUGCAGUUAAGCAACUGCCUAAGGAACCUACGAAGGCCACCGAUUGUCUACGCAGCAGCUGGAACCUGGCACAACACAUUCUGGAUGGAUUUUGGAAAAGAUGGUUGCGCAAAUACCUUCCAACGAUGCCCAGGCGAACCAAAUGGUUCCGAGACACUAAACCAAUUGAAGUGGGUGACUUGGUUUUCGUUGCCAAUGAGAACAAGAGAAAUACCUGGAUUCGAGGUCAGAUCGUCAAGGUUAUUCGUGGAAAAGAUGGUGUUACCAGACAGGCUCUGGUUCGUACGGAAGCGGGAGUCAUCCGACGUCCGGCAGUGAAGCUCGCCGUCAUCGAGGUAGCUGAAGAUGGUAAGGUCGAGGCUAGUGGACAGGACCAAACUCAACCUUACGGACCGGGGAAUGUUGGUACUGCUACGAGCUAUCCGCAGUCCCCUUGA